AACCCUAGCUUCACAUGAUGAUCUUCGUUAAUCGCAGAUCUUCUUAGCUUUUAGAUGUUAUUUUCUUGUGGUUCAAAUUAAAGGAUUUUCUUCGGCCAGUUCUUGAUCGUUCAUUGAUCUCAAUUUUGAUCAUUUUCUAUUAUCUUUCUCUUUGUCUCGUUCGAGAUGGCGAGCGGCCGGUGGUUUUCUCUCUUUCUUUUGCUCGGAUUCUUCGUCGGAGGCCUCCAUGCUAGCGCCGGGGAUGCCGACCCGACUUAUCGAACUUGUGUUGAACAAUGCGAGAAGACAGGAAGUGUAGGAGACAUUUCUAUCACACACUGUUUGUUUUCAACUAGUGAUUGGGCUGCUAAUAAUAAUACAUGGUACAUGCAAGAACCACUUUACUUGCAAUGGAAGCAAUUAAACUGCAGAAGUGACUGUUGCUAUCACUGUAUGAUGCAAAGAGAAAAUGAAAGAGAGGCACUUGGUCUCAGUCCAGUCAAGUACCAUGGAAAAUGGCCCUUCAAGCGCAUCUAUGUCUUUCAGGAACCUGCUUUAGCUGCCUUAUCUGCGGUCGGUCUGAUUAUACAUUUCGUUGGAUGGCUCUCAUUUUUUAUCUUAGUAAAUUACAAGCUUCCUUUUAGGCCUAACAGUAAAAGAACUUACUAUGAAUACACUGGUUUGUGGCAUAUCUAUGGUUUCUUAUCAAUGAAUGCCUGGUUUUGGAGUACCAUAUUCCAUACAAGGGACUUCGAAUUGACAGAAAAGUUGGACUACUCAUCAGCAGUGGCUUUACUUGGGUAUUCGUUGAUGCUAUCCUUGCUGCGGACCUUUGAUGUUAAGGACGAGGCAACUAGAGUUAUGUUCGCAACCCCUAUUUUGGGCUUUGUGACAACACACAUCUUGUAUCUUAACUUCUAUGAACUUGACUACGGGUGGAAUAUGAAAGUUUGUGUUGUUAUGGGAAUCAUUCAACUGCUAGUGUGGGCAAUCUGGGUUGGAAUGAAGCAUCAUCCUCACCGAUUCAAGUUGUGGACCGUCGUGUUCGGAGGCGCACUUUCCAUGCUCCUCAAAAUCAAUGACUUCCCUCCUUACAACGGCUACGUCGAUGCUCAUGCGCUGUGGCAUGCAACUAUCAUUCCUCUCACCCACCUAUGGUGGAGCUUCAUCAAUUCAGAUGCAGAGUACAGGACUGCAAUGCUUGUCAAGAAGUCAGAUUGAGCAAGAAAAUUGGUUAGUAAAUGUUAUCAUCCACUGUAUUACUAACACAGUAUCUGAUUGAUUAGUGUUAUUUUACAUACUCUGUAACCUGGUCUGUGCUCUUUGUUUCCUUUUUUUGUGAAGAUGGAAACUGGUUUUGCAGUCCAAGUAGUUAUGGAAUUCUUUUUGGAUAAUACUGUACUUAUAUUUUGCCACUUCUUCGGUUCAUUAUCAAGAAUAAAUGUAUAUUUUUUUGGUCUCA